AUGUCCGCGCGCUGGCUCUAUCUCGCCAUCUUCCUCUUCUUAUUCUCAACUGUACUAGCGUUACCUAUCUAUCGGCAAGCUAUGGAUCCCUCUUCACUGGCCAACGCCGAACCCAGUUCCUUGCUUGGGCGACGCUAUCUUCUCCAGAGUCACUCAACGUUUGCGGUGGCGAGCGCCGAGACAUCAGGACAAUCGCAUGCGCGCCAUGAUGUCUCUAUCAGACGAUCAAACCCCUUCCCAAGGUACCUUGCAGAACGAGCCAUGGCCCAACAUGCGUGGCGAGGAGAAGCGGACGUGGAUUACGUCUCUCAUGUAGGCGAGGGGCCCGAAGGAGCGAAGCUGGAAGCAUCGCAAACUGCUAGUUCCGUGGAUCAAACCCCCACGCCAAACCGAAAGUACAAUACCUCCAUCACCCUAAUCCCUCGCCCUACAGGUGCCGCCAAGCAUAUUCAGAGUCAGGCGAGCUCCAGCCACUCGAAGGGUGCCUCUGGUCACGCAGAUGCUCAUAAGGCCUAG